UUCUGAAUUUGUGUCCGUUUCAUUGUGGGUGUAUACGUUCGGCUGGGACUCUCUUUGCUUGUUUUUGUUAUGUCGACAUUGGGGACACUGAGUUACUACGCUGAUUCACACAUUCCACACGAGAAUGAUGAUCAUUUGGCACCGAGGUUCUCAUCCGUACCCGUGGUCGAACAGCAGGCUCGAGAGCUGACUCUACCUGAAUAUGGCGAGCAGGAGCCGUACACUUUUCAGGCCAAAUCAUCUAUUUUCGGCGCCUCGUGGAGUCCCGUGCCUGUGCAGCCCCCAGGCAGUGCAUCUUUUGCAUACCACCCAUAUAUCCACCAUCCAUGUUCAACAGGAGAACCAGAUGGAGCACCCGUGCGUCCCUGGGCUUUGGAACCGCUAUCUGCGUCCCUGUCUUUCACGGGAUUAUCCUCUGAUAUGCACCAUGAUAUAAAACUUGAACCAUUGAUCGGGAAUGGCGAGUGCACACUCCUAGUGCCCGAGGCUGACAACAACAACACGACCCCAGCAGAGAGGAAGGUUCCGGACGAUGCGGUUUCCAGCAAAUCACAAGAUGGAAAAACUUCGGCAGAGACGAAGCUAGAUCUAGACCCACAUAACCCUGCGUCCAACUGGCUGCAUGCGAAGUCCACUAGGAAAAAGCGCUGUCCUUACACAAAGCAUCAAACUCUCGAGCUGGAAAAAGAAUUUCUGUUUAAUAUGUACCUCUCGCGUGACCGUAGAUAUGAAGUGGCAAGACUCCUAAAUCUCACCGAGAGACAAGUCAAAAUUUGGUUCCAAAACCGUAGGAUGAAGAUGAAGAGAUGCAAUAAAGAUCGCCCAAAAGACAUUUAAAUCAAGGAAAGCUGUAAAUGUGCACUGCAAUGGAUGAAGUGAUUUCGUUAGAACCCAGUGUGUUUGUAAAUAAGCCUGUAUUUUCCCUCAUGCAUCACCACCACCACCACAACAACAACAGUAGAUUAUUAUUGAUAGUAGACUACAUAUUAUAGAUAGCAUACUUUCCAUUUUGUAAUAUGGUAGAUUGACAUUGCACAAACAUUUGAUAUGAGAGUAUGCUUGUGUGUAUAUAUGGUUGUGUCAUUGUGUACAGCUUGUUGUUAAUUCUCUUAUUUAGUUUGCUUGUUGUAGGCCUUGUUAUUCGCAUUGUGUACAUUUGAAAUGUGUUAUAAGAUUUUAAAAUCCAGUUCACGAUUUCAGGGAAAUGGUUCUGCUAUGGCAUAUUGAUGAUUUGCAUGAAAUUCAUUGUUUGUUUGUUUUUUUAGAUUUUUAUUUUUUUAUUUUUUUAGAAAAGAUAAAAAUACAUAGCCUAUUUGUAGCGCAAUGUAUCAAUGUUUAAUGUGACUACCUAGGUGUAUUUGAACUACCUAUGUAUUAUGAUUUAUUAAUUUAUUUUUUGUUAUACGUCA